AUGGCUCAGCCCCUGGUGCUGCUGUGCUGCUGCGCUGCGCUCGUGGCUGCGGGCAGGGGCGCCCCCCCGACUGCGACCCCCGCCCGGCCCGGCUCGGCCCGCACCACGCAGCCGGAGGGGGUCCCAGAGGAGGAGCCCUUGCAAAACGAGGCGGACAACCAGGAGAACAUCUUAUCUCAGUUGCUAGGUGACUAUGACAAGGUGAAAGCAGUGUCUGAAGGCUCCAACUGUCAGUGUAAGUGUCUGGUCAGACCUCUGGGCCGAGGCGCCUGCCAAAGGAUUAAUGAAGGCGCUUCCAAAGCAGAGGAUUUUUACACCGUAGAAACCAUCACUUCAGGACCUGAUUGCAAGUGUGCCUGCGUGGCUCCACCUUCUGCUCUGAACCCUUGUGAGGGGGACUUCAGGUUGAAGAAGUUGCGGGAAGCAGAGAGCAGUGACUUAAAGCUAUCCUCCAUCAUAGAGAUGCUAGAAAGUGCUUUCUAUGGCUUAGACCUUCUAAAGUUACACUCAGUCACAACAAAAUUGGUGGGCCGAGUGGAGAAACUAGAGGAGGAAGUAUCCAGAAACCUCACCAGAAAGAACAUGGAUGCAACAGGGAACAUGGAUGCAAUUUGGAGUGAGCCAAACACAAGGGACAAGGAAAACUGUUCCAGCAGUAUCUCCAACAGCCUCCCUGACAUCCGGAGCUCCCUGCAGAGGGAUGCUGCAGCUGUGUACACCCACAUUGAGGAAAAAUACGAAGAAAGAUUCCUGCAAGAUGAGAUGGUUUCUCAGCAAAUCAACUCUGUUGAGUCCCUGCAGCAGCUGCUCCCCGCUCCAGAGGCAAUGAAACCAAAACAGCCCUUGCAGAGGAAGAUGCAUGUGCGGAGCCGGCUUCCUUCCAAGCCCACCAUCAUUCGAGGCAUCACUUAUUACAAGGCAAAGUCCACUGAGUCAGAAAAUGACCUAGAGGAACAGGAUGAGUCUUUCAGUGGGGAUCACACAGUUGAUUUGCUGAUUGAAGAUCAGCUCUUGAGGCACAACAGCCAUGAGCGGAGCAGCACCACGACGCCAGCUCUAGUGGGAGGGCCUCUGACACUCCCGAACAUCGCCCCUACCAUGGAGCAAGCUGCCCCUGCCAUACCUGGGUCUCCAGUAGCAGAAACUGCCACCAGGACUCCACCAUUGCCCUCUGCUGCCCCGUCCCUCUCCAGUGAACUGACACCAGCACUGACCCUUGCAGCUCCCACCACCAUUGUAGACCAGCUCCCAGCCACUCUGAAGACCACCACUUCACCUGGAGCCAUCACCAUGAGUGGGUCAGUAGAUGAGCCAGCCACAUGGACACCAGCAAUCUUGACCCAGACAGGUACACAGGCACCCACAACAGCAGCAAACCUACCCACAGCCAACCCCCGCAAAGCUACAAUUGCUGUGGCAACCACCACUGUCCACAUCUCGACAACAACUGGGACAAGUGUGGAUGCCUCCAGGAGUGAGGAGUCAGCUGCUACUGCCCUUCCGACGCUAGUCAGCCCUACGCUCCCUGCCACGCCCAGACAAAACCUUGACGAGGAGGAUCUGAGAAGCAUCAUUGGACGCUGCAAAGAUACGCUUUCCACCAUCUCGGGCCCCACCACCCAGAACACUUAUGGGCGGAAUGAAGGCGCUUGGAUGAAGGAUCCGCUAGCCAAAGAUGAGCGGAUCUAUGUCACAAACUACUACUAUGGAAACACGCUGGUAGAAUUCCGAAACCUGGAGAACUUCAAACAAGGGCGCUGGAGCAACUCCUACAAACUCCCGUAUAGCUGGAUUGGGACAGGACAUGCUGUCUACAAUGGCUCCCUCUACUACAACCGGGCCUUCACGCGCAACAUCAUUAAAUACGACCUGAAGCAGAGGUACGUAGCUGCCUGGGCCAUGCUGCAUGAUGUGGCCUAUGAGGAGGCCACACCAUGGCGGUGGCAGGGCCACUCUGACGUGGACUUUGCUGUGGACGAGAAUGGCUUGUGGAUCAUUUACCCAGCCAUCAACUACGAAGGCUUCAGCCAGGAGGUCAUCGUCCUGAGCAAGCUGAAUGCUGCCGACUUGAGCACCCAGAAGGAGACCACGUGGCGGACAGGCCUGCGCAGGAACUUCUACGGGAACUGCUUCGUUAUCUGCGGUGUGCUCUACGCUGUGGACAGUUACAACCACAGGAACGCCAACAUCUCGUACGCCUUUGACACCCACACCAAUACACAGAUCAUCCCGCGGCUACUCUUCGAGAAUGAGUACUCCUACAUCACCCAGAUAGACUAUAACCCCAAGGACCGCCUGCUCUAUGCCUGGGACAAUGGGCACCAGGUCACAUACCAUGUGAUCUUUGCUUACUGA